GAUACAACACGGUGGAAGAGAGCCUUCGAGGAGUUGUGUCGGUUGGAUCGAAAAAUUGGUAAUUUGCGGUCGCAGAGACGUUCUCAUCCAACGGUGUCCAGAUUGACUUCAACUAAGCCAUCCACUACCUCCUCUCCGGCUCGACCUCUUCCCACCGAUCUGCCCCCAAAACCGUCCACUGAGAGGUCUGGACGUCAUUCAAGUACAGGCGCUCAGAAACGGGAUUUCACACCCACGCCUUCGCCUCGAUUAACUCGCCCAGCCUCUGCACCAGCUGAUAAGGAGACGCUUCCUCCAUCUGCUGCCGCCAACAACACCGAGCCGUCACCUCCACUUCCCCGUCCGCCCCUCCCCACUCCCAGUCCCGUCUUGCACAAGGCGCGUUUUGCCUCGCGUAAGGAGAUAAAUGACACCUACCUCACUCCACCUCAGUGGCGUAAUGAACACACUGAUGAGUACAAACGCACUGCUAGUGAGAACCUUCAGGCUCAGCUCGCCUCGCAGCAGCUACAAAGCAUUGAAGUCGUCCUACCUGAAGCCAAACGGCUAUCUCCCACCGAUCCACUAAACACCGUACCCGAGGUAGCUGUUCCCUAUUCCGAAGAAGACUCAACAUCUGCUGGGUCUUCGGGCAGUUCUUUUGAGACUCCAAAACCAGUGAGAAAGACAAUGGGAGGGUCUGGGUCCCGUAUCAUUGAUGGAAGUGAAGAUAGUGCGAUUGCAGACACGGAUGAAUCACCGAUAAUUAGUCAAGAGUCGCCGAAAAAAGAUCGAGAUGAGGAAGGGCUUAGCGCAGGUAUGAAGCCGAUUCUUCGAAAGGCUGCGGAGGAUGACGCGGAAGAGGAAGAUCAGCGAGUUGAGGGAAGUGAGGAAUUGAAGACGGUGGAUAAGAUGGAUCCAGGUUCACCGAAAACGGGAGUUCGAUUUCAUCCACUAGCUCUGCUUCUUGAUGCUGCAUUAGAAGGUGAUCUGGGAUUGGUCAAAAAGGCGGCUGAGGAGGUGAGUAGGAUAUGA